CCAACCUUCCCUUCUUUUCCCCAGCCCAGAUUAAGAGAUAAACAAACCCAUCGACGUGCACGCACCAACCCAAGGCGGAUCUGGGAUCGAUCAACACCUGCACCGGAGAGGAGCAGAUCGGAACAACUUGAUGGCACUCGAUCUGGGAUCCAUGUUCCUAGACCUAGCUGCUGCGGCUGCUGCGUAUGGCCGCCUCGACGAGGACGACGCCCGCACCAAGCCUGGCAGCAAUCCAUCACAGGGUUCCCCGUCCCUGAACCCCCCUGCUCAUGGCUACCCCGACGGCGGCGGCGACCGGCCACCCUUCGUCUUCAUCGAACCAUACGCCUACUUUGCGGACCGCCACAACGCCACCACCGCCGGCUGCAGCAUGGAGGGUCUCCAUCUCCGGGGAGACAUCAAGAUCACCUUCUGCACUGCCCAGCCACCGCAAGUCUCCUACCUCUGCGCCCACGCCACCGCCUACGACCACACCGUGUUCGCCGUCCGGCCUUCCAUAGUCACCACACAGACUAACGGCGGCCUCGUCCUCCUAUGCGUCGUGGUCGGUGACCGGCCAUCCGAUGCCAUGUUUCGCCACAGACGACACUACUUCGUCUACGACGCCAGCGUCCCCUCGCUCAAGCACAUCAAGCAGCCCGGCGACGGCCACCCAGUCAACAAGCAGUCGUUUGCCAUUGUGCGCAAACCUGACCGCAGCUACGUCCUCGCCGCACAAGCCGGUGCGUUCGGAUGCCGCAAUCCUUCUGCUCACCUCUGCCUAUAUCACUCCGGCACCAACUCCUGGAGCAAACUGCAUGUCGAUUCAGUCCCCUACGGCGAGUUUAUCACAUACAAGGCAUUCACCAUCGGAGGAGAUAAAGGCACAGUGGCCUGGGUCGAUCUCUCACAUAUGAUCAUCUUCUGCAACGUGCUGGACAAACGUCCCAAGCUUCGUUUCCUCAGAAUACCGAUCGAGCCGACGAAUGCAGGUGGAUUGCCGGCUGUUCGGGACAUCUUGGUCCUUGAUGGCUUCAUCAAGAUGGUCGAGCUGCAGCACGUUGCCGGUGGUUGGAAGGCCACAAUAUGGAGCAUCAAGACUGGUGUCUUCUCUAAAAAGGCUUGGCGCGUCGAUUACCAGUUCGAUUCUUCUGAUAUACCUGAACCGUCGCUGCCUAAGCUGAAGCUCCCUGAAGGUGUCACGGCUCAGCCUACCUUGACGACUCUCCAUAUUGGCCUGCCCAAGCUGAGCCUGCCAGAUGAUGGAAUUCUUUACUUACUAGCCAAGAUUGACUACCGUGACAGACAGCACACAGCUUGGGUGCUUGCUGUUGACAUGAAGAACAAGACUGUCCAGAGAGUGGCCGAAUUUAGCCCCAAGAGGGCUAUUGGUUUAUGCAGGGGCUAUGAUUCAAGUACAAUCUCCAAAUAUCUCAAAGUUGCUUCAGGUACAAAAGCAAAUUAAUGCCAAAAUCACCAGAGAUGCCAUUACAACGAUGCAAGUAGGAUCUCCAGAUAUCUCCAAACAAGCUAGCUAGCCAGGGAUGCCAUAUGAUUGCCGGGACAAGAAGGCGCAGCUUGGGCAGGUGCAGUGUGCAUGAUAUAUGGUGUUGGGCGAUUAAUCCGGGUGUCAUAUGAUGAGCAAGGCUAGUGCUUCACUGGCAUAUAUAUCUAGUUAGAACUAAUAUAAUAGUGAUCUAAAAGAUCUUAUAUCAGUUUACAAAGGAAUACUUAUUAGAAAGGCGGUACAAUAUAUAUUGCCCGUUGGUUGCUGCAGCCUGCAGGGUGUAUAUUGUCAUCCCUUCUCCACAGAUAUGGGACAACGAGCUGCAUGUACAUUUGAUGUUUAUUAGGUGACUUGAUUUCUA